CCUAAUUGGCCGGCCCAGAGCCUCGGGGGGGGGGGGGGGACGCGUCGGACGCUCCGAGGGCGCCGCAGCGGCCGCUCUAGCCGGCGUGGCGCGGUUCCGGCUCGCCCCUUCACCUGCGACCCUCCGAUGGUGUUGGGGGACAAAAUGUGGCGUCUUAAGCGACUGCUGAGCCGAGCUUUUCCCUGCCUUCUGAGACCUAGCCUCAAGUUUGUGACCACCAAAUGCACUAGCCCAAAUGGGCCUCAGGCUACAUCCUCCUCCCUCCUGGUUCCUGUGCCCAGCUCUAACAGGUUUGGCACUGGCUCAGGUACGAAUAGGGGGCCAAGACCCGAUGGAUGGAAAGAUGCCUUCCAAUGGAAGUCUGCGGAUGUCUCCUCCAGCACCCUGUGGGAUGCUGUCUCAUGGGGGACUCUGGCUGUGCUGGCCCUGCAGCUAGCAAGACAGCUCCACUUUCAGGCAUCACUGCCAGCAGAACCCCGGCGAGUGGAACGAUGCCCUUGGCGCAGUCCCCUGGACUGUUUCCUCUCAUCUCCCUUGUGGUCUCCGCGCUUCUCCCUACAGAGCCACAUUCUACCUGGCCCUGAUGGGCCUGCACCCCAACAUUCUGCCCUGAGAAUAGCUGGACAGAGUGGGGAGGAGCUGCCCAUUCACUCCCAGAGCCCCUCUUCACACAGCUCCUUACACUCAGUGGGGUGUCAGGAGCCCUCUGAGGAAGCCUUUUUCCUUGGAGGCUCCAGUGACACCAACUUUCUCCAAGCCAGUAGUGGUGACUCAGAGUGCCAGGCAGAACCAGCUCAGCCUCGGCCCAGUGGUGAAAAGCAGGAGCAAGACAGACCCGGCACCCUAUCCCUGGAGGAGGCAGUGACUUCCAUCCAGCAGCUCUUUCAGCUCAGCGCUUCCAUCGUGUUCAAUUUCUUGGGGACAGAGAGCAUGAAGAGAGGGGACACCGCAGCAGCCUUCUCUUACUUCCAGAAAGCGGCAGAGCAGGGCUACAGCAAAGCCCAGUACAAUGUGGGCCUGUGUCAUGAGCACGGCAGAGGCACCCCCCAAGACAUCCACAAGGCGGCCCUGUUCUACCAGCUGGCUGCCAGCCAGGGCCACAGGCUGGCUCAGUACCGCUAUGCCAGGUGCCUUCUGCGGGAGCCUUGGUCAGCACGGGGGCCUGAGCAGCGGCGUGCAGUGUCCCUGCUCCAGCAGGCAGCAGACUCGGGCCUGACCGAGGCACAAGCUUUCCUGGGGGUACUGUUCACCAAAGAGCCACACUUGGAUGCACCGAGAGCUGUGCGGUACCUGCGCCUAGCGGCCAGCAACGGGGACGCCCAGAGCAGAUACCACUUGGGAAUUUGCUACGAGAAGGGCUUCGGGGUGCAGCGGAGUCUGGAAGAGGCCAUCUUUGCAUACCAGCAGGCAGUGGCCUUGGGACACCAGCCCUCCCGGGACAGGCUGCGUACUCUCUUCGCCAUGGAGACAGCAGCCCUGAGGGCCAGUGACCUGGCGGACACGGGAGUAAAGUCCUUCUCCAGCCCUUCCCUCUGCAGCCUGGACAGCCUGCUUGCCGGAGCCUCGAGCCUCCCACACGCUGCCAGCACUGGGAACCUGGGCCACCUAUGCCGAAGAAGACCCCUGGGCACCAGCCCCUGUGGGCCCAGUCAGCUGCUACCUACCCACCUUUGUUCUCUGGAAAGGAGCCUCGUCAGGCUGGGUUUUGGCUAAGCCUUCUCACUUCAGCCCUACAAGAGAGCCAAUGGGUUACCAUAGAAGAGGCCAGUUGUUCUCCUGCUGUCCCCACACACCUUAAGCACCUGCCCAGCAGGUGCACUGGGUCCCAGGUCCUGGCCAUGUCCUCCCCUAGAAGCAGUGAUGUGACUCCAGCAUUGACUCUGCUGCAGACCCAG